AACCCACUGCGGAAACCCCAAGCUCAAGCUCAAGCAAAACAGCCUUCAAAUCCUAGGCACAGCUCAUUCUUAGCCCGAAACCCGAAGCUCCUCCGACGAGAUUGCUCCCGAGCUGGCCGGCAAGAUGACCGCCAAGGCGGCCGCCGCCGCGGUGAAGCCCGCGACGAGAGCGUACGUGACGUUCCUGGCGGGCGACGGGGACUACUGGAAGGGCGUGGUGGGGCUGGCCAAGGGCCUGCGCAAGGCCGGCUCGGCCUACCCGCUGGUGGUGGCCGCGCUGCCCGACGUGCCGGAGUCCCACCGCCGCAUUCUCAUCUCCCAGGGCUGCAUCGUCCGCGAGAUCGAGCCGGUGUACCCUCCCGAGAACCAGACGCAGUUUGCCAUGGCGUACUACGUCAUCAACUACUCCAAGCUCCGCAUCUGGGAGUUCGUGGAGUACGAGAGGAUGGUGUACCUGGACGCGGACAUCCAGGUGUACGAGAACAUCGACGAGCUGUUCGAGCUGGAGAAGGGGCACUUCUACGCGGUGAUGGACUGCUUCUGCGAGAAGACGUGGAGCCACACCCCGCAGUACAAGAUCGGCUACUGUCAGCAGUGUCCCGACAAGGUGGCAUGGCCCACCGCCGAGCUCGGCCCGCCGCCGUCUCUCUACUUCAACGCCGGCAUGUUCGUGCACGAGCCCAGCAUGGCCACUGCCAAGGCCCUGCUCGAUAUCCUCCGCGUGACUCCACCCACCCCCUUCGCAGAGCAGGAUUUCCUGAACAAGUUCUUCAGGGACCAGUACAAGCCGAUCCCGCUUGUGUACAACCUUGUUCUGGCCAUGCUAUGGAGGCAUCCCGAGAACGUGCAGCUCGAGAAGGUCAAGGUUGUGCACUACUGCGCAGCGGGAUCGAAGCCGUGGAGGUACACCGGCAAGGAGGCGAACAUGGACAGGGAGGACAUCAAGAUGCUGGUCAAGAAGUGGUGGGACAUCUACAACGACGAGACCCUCAACUUCACGGGCCUCCCCGUCGUGCCAGCCGACGCCGACGAGAUCGAGGCGGUGGCCAAGAAGCCGCUACGCGCGGCGCUGGCGGAGGCCGGUACGGUCAAGUACGUCACCGCGCCCUCGGCCGCGUGAACCCGUUCUGGCGUCCCUCCAGUGGCCGUGCGUGCUGCAGUCGCUGCUGCUACGGUGGCCGUGCCGGCGUGGUCAUCAAAACAUAAAAAUCUCACUAUAAGACCUUAAUUUGUAUUUUGGUUUUUUGAGUGAUUAGGGUGUCUAAUUUGCUAUCAGUUCUGUUCGCUCAGUGUUGAGUGUACAUUUGAAGUGUAAGGGUUGAUCUGAAUGGGAUUUCUGUGAAUACCCCCUUGGGUCGGCUAGAGUAUUUGUGAUGUAUGAAUGAAUUACCUGUAUUUUGGUAUAAAUGAUAAAUCAAUAGGAAUUUGCAAAA